AUGGCCCAGGGCAGGUGCAUCAGGCUGAGGCUGUUCCUGGCUUCUGAACACCAGGUGCUAGCGAGGGACCACCUUGGUGUGAAGGUGAAGCCAACUGUCAGCAGCAAGGAUGCCUGCCAGGCCCUCCCUGAGGUUUCUGGGUCACAGGCCAGGAGAACGGGGGCCUUGGUGGUGCUGGAGCAGUGCCCUGUGGGACCCCCAGAUGCAGCCUUGGUGCCCCUGCUGUCCCUGACCAGCGUCCUCAUGCCUCGCGGUCAGAAGAGCAAGCUCCGGGCCCGGGAGAAACGUCACCAGUCCCGGGGGGAGACCCAGAGUCCCGAGGGUGACCAGGCCCAGGCCCAGGCCCAGGAGCACAGGAGGGCCCUGGCCUGUGGCUGUCACCAUGUAAGGGUCCCCUGCCUCAUGUCCAGGGAAAGGGUCAGGAGCCCCGAGGGGGCCAGUAGCAAUGUCUCCCAGGUGACAGCCACCAUGGAUACCUAUGGCAAGGAUCCCCUCACCCGCAAGGCCAGCAAGCUGGUGCAGUUCCUGCUGGAGAAGUACAGAUCGCAGGAGCCCGUCACCCAGGUCGCCUUGCUGAAGGUGGUCAACAAGAAGUACAAGCCGCACUUCGCCGAGAUCCUCAGAAGAGCCUGUGAUCGCAUGGAGCUGGUGUUCGGGCUGGAGUUGAAGGAAGUCAACCGCAGCAACCCCACCUAUAUCCUGGUCAACAAGCUGGGGCUCUCCAGCGAAGAGGAUCUGUCCGGUGGUGUGGGCAUGCCCAAGACCGGCUUCCUGAUGGCGCUGCUGGGUGUGAUCUUCAUGAAGGGCAACCGGGCCUCGGAGGAGGAGGUGUGGGAAUUCCUCAAUGUCUUGGGGGUGCAUGCUGGCAGGAGGCACUUAAUUUUUGGGGAGCCCCGCAAAUUCAUCACCCAAGAUCUGGUGCAGGCCAAGUACCUGGAGUACCGCCAGGUGGCCGGCAGUGAUCCCCCCACUUACGAGUUCCUGUGGGGGCCGCGGGCCCACGCGGAAACCACCAAAAUGAAGGUUCUGAGCGUGCUGGCCAAGAUCAGCCACACCACCCCGAGUGCCUUCCCCGGGCUGUACGAGGAGGCUCUGUGUGAUGAGGUGGAGAGGGCAUCACUGCGAUGCCUGGCCAGGGCUCGCUCUGGUGGCCAGGCCCGCGUGCCCUCGGGGGCCAAGCCACCCAGCUCCCCCCACACCUAG